AUGUCGAAAGCUACCUCUGUCGCCCUCAUCGCAGCUCUAGGCGCGGGAGGCGGCGCCGCAUUCACAGCAGCACUGUACUCGCUCCGGACUCAGAAGCCCGCGACUACCGCUCCCACCACUGCUCCCUCGACGAACUCUUUCUCCACCGCCCCUACCGUCCCUGUGCCCAGUACGCAGGUCUUCAACAAUAAGAACAGCGCACCGCUUCCCCCGUCGGCGUCGGCGCCCCCGCCCGUCCCCGGUGCCAUCCCCGGCAGCCUCGUUGACCCCGCCGGUCUCUUCGAAUAUGGCUUUCCCGGUCCCGUCGCCGACCUAGCCACCCGCGCCGGUCUCGUCUCAAGCUACGACCGCCGCACGCGCAACCCCCACUGGGUCGUCGAGCACAUCACCCCGGCCUCGCUCGCCCAGAAGGACGGCGACCGCAAGAACAGCGCCUUCCUUGAGGACCCCUCCGUCCCCGAAAAGUUCCAGGCCAAGCUCAAGGACUACUUCCGCAGCGGCUACGACCGCGGCCACCAGGUGCCCGCCGCCGACUGCAAGUGGUCACAGAAGGCCAUGGACGACACUUUCUACCUCACAAACAUGUGCCCCCAGGUCGGCGACGGCUUCAACCGCGACUACUGGGCCCACUUUGAGGACUUCUGCCGCCGCCUGACGACGAGGUAUCCCUCCGUCCGCAUCGUCACCGGCCCGCUCUACCUGCCCAAGCGCGACCCCGUCGACGGCAAGUGGUACACCAAGUACGAGGUCAUCGGCAACCCGCCCAACGUCGCCGUGCCGACGCACUUUUACAAGGUCAUCUUCGCCGAAGACGGCAAGGCCGGCGGUAACGUCGCCAUCGGCGCCUUCGUCAUGCCCAACGCCCGCAUCCCCAACGAGAAGCCCCUUGCCGAGUUCGAGAUGCCGCUGGAGGCCGUCGAGCGCGCCGCCGGUCUGGAGUUCGCGUCCAACCUUGCGCCGCAGCGACGCAAGAGGCUUUGCACCGAGACUUCGUGCGCCAUUAUUGUGAAGGAGUACGCCGACAGGCAAAAGUCUUUCGGCAAGAAAUAA